AUGAAGCUGCAAUUGAAGAUUCAGCUGCUGAAGUUCUGCUCUGCAGUUUUUAACUCCAUCUUCCUGGUUCUGGGUCUGAGUGUCGCUGGCUGUGCAAUCUGGAUCCUGUUUGACACAGAAAAUCUCCUGGCCUUCCUCUCAUCCGAGGAGCUGUGUACAGUGGCAUUCACGCUGCUGGUGAUUGGUGGAGUGGUGAUGGUGGUCAGUGUUGUUGGAUGUGUAGGAGCUGAGGGAAAGCACAGGUUCCUGCUGCUGGUGUACCUGGGCGCCCUCAUUGUCCUGAUCCUGGGUCAACUGUUCGUUGCACUGCUGCUGCUCAUAAACAGGAACAAGAUUGAACAAACUCUGGGUGAAGUGGUGGAUCAGAUCAUCUUUGAUUACGGAGGAAACAGUACGGACAGACUGUUGGACCGGGUGCAGCGCUACGGGCAGUGCUGUGGCAGGACAGGGCCUUCUGAUUGGCUGAAGAACUCUUACAUCCAGAGUCUGAACCUGACCGAUCUCAACAUACUUCCCUGUUCCUGUUUCAUCAGGAAUCGUCCCAGCAUGACCUUGUCCUGGUGCUCCGAGCUUGUGAACUUCACUGAGCCGCUGUACAAACAAGGAAACAGCUCGUAUACGGAGGGCUGCCAACAGAAACUCAGUGAUUGGCUGCAGGAGAACGGCCUAACAGUCAUCGGCAUGGACCUCAGUCUCAUAUUGAUCCAGGUGGUGCAGGUUGCUGUAGCAGUGUACCUGUACCAAGCAUUCGGCAGAAAAGCCUCUUUGAAGAAAAGCAAUCGCCUGGCUGGCCUUGACCACGCCCCUGAUGAAGACCUGGACUCCUCAGAGCAGAUGCCUGAUGAUGCUUAUUUAGACCCCAACUACCCAGAAUGCUACCCUGAGAACACAAACUUGGGUUUUCACCAUGAGGACUAG